AUGUCCCCUUCCCUGCUUCCCCCCCUCCUCUUCUCUGCUUCCCCCCAUCCCCUUCCUUGCUUUCUCCCAUCCCCUUCCCUAUUUCCCCCCAUCCCCUUCCCGACUUCCCCCCAUCCCUUUCCCUGCUUCCUCCCAUACCCUUCUCUGCUUCCCCCCAUCCCCUUCUCUGCGUGCCCACCAUCCCCUUCCCUGCAUCCCCAUGCCCAAUUCUCUGCUUCCCCCCAUCCCCUUCCUUGCUUUCCCCCACCCCCUUCCCUGCUCCCCCCCAUCCCCUUCCCUGCUUUCCCCCAUCCCCUUCUCUACUUCCCCCCAUCCCCUUCCCUGCUUCCCCAUGUCCCCUUCCCUGCUUCCCCCCAUUCCCUUCCCUGCUUCUCCCCGUCCCCUUUCCUGCUCCCCCCCCUCCUCUUCCUUGCUUCCCCCCAUCCCCUUCUCUGCUUCCCAACAUCCCCUUCCCUGCUUCCCCAUGUAACCUUCCCUGCUUCCCCCCCUCCUCUUCCCUGCUUCUCCUCAUCCCCUUCUCUGCUUCCCCCCAUCCCCUUCUUUGCUUCCCCUCAUCCCCUUCCCUGCUCCCUUCCAUCCCCUUCUCUGCUUCCCAACAUCCCCUUCCCUGCUUCCCCAUGUCCCCUUCCCUGCUUCCCCAUGUCCCCUUCCCUGCUUCCCCCCCUCCUCUUUCCUGCUCCCCCCCAUCCCCUUCUCUGCUUCCCAACAUCCCCUUCCCUGCUUCCCCAUGUCCCCUUCCUUGCUUCCCCCCUCCUCUUCCCUGCUUCCCCUCAUCCCCUUCUCUGCUUCCCCUCAUCCCCUUCCCUUCUCCCUUCCAUCCCCUUCUCUGCUUCCCAACAUCCCCUUCCCUGCUUCCCCAUGUCCCCUUCCCUGCUUCCCCCCCUCCUCUUCCCUGCUUCUCCUCAUCCCCUUCUCUGCUUCCCCCCAUCCCCUUCCCUGCUCUCCCCCAUCCCCUUCCCUGCUUCCCCCCAUUCCCGAGCCCUGCUUCCCCCCAUCCCCUUCCCUGCUUUCCCCCCUCCCCUUCCCUGCUUUCCCCCUUCCCCUUACCUGCAUCCCCCCAUUCCCAUUCCCUCCUUCCCCAUGUCCCCUUCCCUGCUCCCCCCAAUCCCCUUCCCUGCUUCCCCCCAUCCCAUUCCCUGCUUUCCCCCAUCCCCUUCUCUUCUUCCCCUCAUCCCAUUCCCUGCUUUACCCCAUACCCUCCGCACUAUCUCCAGGCGUUGUCCUCAUCCUUCAAAACAACCUGCUUGCCACCCAUCCCACUGCUGUGCACUGUGCUUCCUGCCAUGCUCAUACCCUUGCUCUCCACUCACUCCCUUGUUCUCCCUCGCCCCACUCCCCACCCCUCCAGCUGCACAAAAGCAGAUCUACGACUGGAUCCGCCACGCCGCGGUGCAGGAGCAGUCUCAGCCUCCUCUCGAGACUGCCUUCAGCAACACCCCUUGCCCCAUACCCGCUAACUCCAUGUGCGCUAUGCCGCCUGCAUGUGCGCUAUGCGACUUCAUGCGCGCCAUGCGACUGCAUGGCCGCAAUGCGACUGCAUACGCGCCAUGCGACUGCAUGCGCGCCAUGCGACUGCAUGUGCGCCAUGCGACUGCAUGUGCGCCAUGCGACUGCAUGGCCGCAAUGCGACUGCAUGUGCGCCAUGCGACUGCAUCUGCGCCAUGCGACUGCAUGUGCGCCAUGCGACUGCGGAAGACUGCAGUCCGCGCGCUCUACAACUGCAUGCGCCUCCAACCCUCUUGCCCUUCGCGCGUCCGCGUUGCUCUCUCCCUCCGUCUCUUCCUCCGCUCUCCCCUCUGCCCCUCCUUCUCCUCCCUGUGGAUGAACGACAGGCUCCAACGUCACAGCGCCCACGCGCCGCUCCACCCGCCGGGUCAGCGCCCCCCCCCGCUCAGCGCCCCCCCCGCUCACCAGGCAGCGCCGCGCGCUCUGCUGGCCGUGUGGACAGCACCGGCGAGCAUGCUGCACGCAGAGCAGGUGAGCGUGCACUACGUUGACGGAGAGCCAAUGGACGGUGUGCAGCGUUUCUUCAAGUGGAUGCUGCUGCUGCAGAGCCGUCCCAUGCGCUUUGCCGUGUUUGGGCUGGGCAAUCAGCAGUACAAACACUUCAACCUGAUGGGCAACAUGCUUGACACGCGCCUCGCUGCUCUAGGUAUGCUGCUAUCCCAUGAUCUCCCUGCCCUCCCUGCCUUCGCUGUACACGGGAGCCCUUGGCCCGUGUGCAUGCACACCGUUGCGUGUCAUCCCCCCCAUGCCUACAAGAAUGCUCGCCUGCUCAUACAACGAGAUUUUGAUUUUCAACCCCAGGGCAUUCUCUUUCCAACCCUAGAAAAUUCUCUUUCCCUCCAU